AUGUCUGGCGAGCAAGGUCAAUUCAAGCCUGUGCCAAAGGCUCAGGAGCAGAGCCAGCCUGGGCUCGAGAAGCAUCUGGCGCCAUCGGGCGAGGUGACCAAGCUCGAGGGAAAGGACCAGUUCCACGAGUACCGCGCCGCGGGGAAGCUCAGCGGAAGCAAGGCGCUCAUCACGGGCGGCGACUCUGGCAUUGGCCGUUCCGUGGCUGUCCUCUUCGCCAGAGAGGGCGCCGACGUCACCAUUGUCUACCUACCCGAGGAGGAGGAAGAUGCACAAGAAACGAAGAAGCUCGUCGAAGAAAGCGAGGGCAGGAAAUGCCUUCUCAUCCCCGGCAAUCUCAUGGACAACGAGACGUGCCGUCAGGCAGUGAAGCAGCAUGUCGAUACUCACGGCGGCCUCCACGUGCUGGUCAACAAUGCCUCCAAGCAGAUCAUGUGCCAGGACUUUGCCGAGAUUGACCUGGACAACGUGGAGAGCACGUUCCGCAGCAACGUCCUGCAGAUGUUUGCGCUGACCAAGUAUGCCCUGCCGUACAUGGAAAAGGGCGGAUCCAUCAUCAAUACCACGUCCACUGUCGCCUUUAGGGGCUCCAGUGGCAUGGUGGAUUACUGUGCGACCAAGGGCGCCAUCGUCUCCUUCACCAGGGGCCUGGCGAAGCAGCUCGUGAAAAAGGGCAUCCGCGUCAAUGCCGUUGCUCCUGGUCCGGUGCACACGCCUAUCCAGCCAGCGUCUAGACCGGCAGAGCAGAUGGAAGGCUUUGGCGAGGGAACGAUGCUCGGCCGUCCGGGCCAGCCGAGCGAGGUGGCGCCCAGUUUUGUCUUCCUGGCCAGCAAGGACGCUGAGUUGUUCUACGGCCAAGUCUUGCAUGCGUACCCUCUAGGCGACUAG